AAAGCACUCACGACAUACAUUACACGCUCUCUGAAUGGGGCCACACUCACAGUCUCACUUCUUCUCAUGGCUGCUCCUGCCUUUCCCUCUCUUCUCUUCACCCGAAUUCUAGGGUUUGCAGUCGCACUUCUUGUUCUCUUCUGGGCCUCUGCCUUCACCUCCAGCUUCUCUCACCCCAACCUUCUUCUCUACUCAGUUCUUCAUCCUCUUCUCAUGGUAAUCGGCUUCAUUCUCAUCAGCGGAGAAGCAAUCUUGGUUCACAGAUGGUUUCCUGGGUCCAGAGGGUUCAAGAAAUGUCUGCAUCUGUGGCUUCAAGGGGUGGCUUUGACUUGUGGCUUCUUUGGAAUCUGGACUAAAUUUCAUGCCAAGGAUGGCAUUGUGGCUAAUUUCUAUAGCCUGCAUUCUUGGAUGGGUUUGCUUUGCAUCUCCCUCUUUGGAGCUCAGGUAGCCAAAAGCCAUGGGAUCAAACCCACCUUUGACCACCUAAAAACCUCAAUUCUAAAAUAAAAUGCUAUCGACGCUAGAGCUCCGGCAACC